AUCUUACCUAUGAAUGGUUUAAACAAUAUUCCAAAGUUGAAGUCCUAAAUAUAUAACAUUUUUGAACAGUGACUUCGAAAUAAAAAGGCUGUAGGGGCCUCGAACUGUUUAGUCUGUGUUCGCGGCCUCAGUGAACCGGUCGCGGAUUGACCUCACACGGUAAAACCAAUUAUUUCAUGCCGAAAAUGAGGGCAAUUAGUUUAAUAAUUGCAGUAACGACGGCGAUAAGUUGCCAGGCAGCUCUACCGGAACUUCGCUUUGCUUGGAAAGAAGUUGAUUACGUUUGGGAUUCACCGGCUCAACGUGAAACAGCAGUUAAAGAUGGACUUUUUGUGCCAGCCAAUAACCUUCCUUUAGGUUUAGCUAGAUGGAAGAACAAAGUUUUCGUAACAGUGCCAAGAUGGAAGAACGGGGUGGCAUCGUCGUUAAAUUAUGUCGAUUUGGAUGGUGCCCAGGAUCAACCACUGAAACCCUAUCCAUCAUUAAAAGAGAACCUUGUCUCUGAUUCCGCUAAAGAAUUACCGUCAAAUAGUUCUAUUAUAUCUGUUUUUAGAGUAUUCGUUGAUCCUUGUGACAGACUUUGGGUAAUGGACUCCGGGUUGGCAGAUAUAUUAGGAUCACCAAAUCAAGUAGCCGGGCCCUCUUUGGUUAUUUUUGACUUAAAUACAAAUCAAUUGAUUCAUCGCUACUUCUUCAAAGUCUCCGAUAUGAAAGAAGAUUCAUUCUUCGCUAACAUCGUGGUCGAUGUAGAUAAAAAUACUUGCGACAAUGCCUUCGCUUACGUGCCAGACUUGGGAGGCUACGGAGUCGUGGUUUAUAGUUUGAAGCAAGAUGACUCAUGGCGCGUCACCCACCACUACUUCCACUUUGAACCAUUGGCUGGAACCUACAACGUCGGUGGCAUCGAGUUUCAUUGGACCGAUGGAGUGUUUGCUUUGGCGCUCUCCGAGCCAAGAGAGAAUGGGUUCCGUACAAUGUUUUUCCAUGCAUUCUCGAGCACCAAAGAAUUCUGCGUAUCAACUGAACUCCUCAGAAACUACACACACAUUGACAAAACCGAGGCAUUCCACGACUUCAAGCUUUUAGGCGAUAGAGGUGAACGUACUCAAUCUUCGGCCAGCUACUACGAUACAAAUACGAGUGUACUGUUUUACACACAGAUAAACCGCAAUGGUAUUGGCUGUUGGAAUUCAAACAAGCCGUACACACCUGAAAACAAUCCUCUGCUCUUCAAUGAUGCAACAUUGUUCGAAUUUCUUAACGACUUAAAGGUUGAUGACGAAGGCACUCUAUGGUUACUAAGUGACAAGCUGCCUCGCUUCAUUUACAAGUCCCUCGACCCGAAUGAGAUCAACUAUAGAAUAUUUAGCAUGAAGGCGUCGGAUGCCAUCGCUGGAAGCGCUUGUGAAUAAAUGUUUAUUAAUUGUAACAAACAAAUGUACAAAUGUGAGAUAAAUACCUAAUUCUUUAUAGUUUUCGCUAAUAUUAUUAUAUUACUUACACUUAUUUUAUAUAAUACUCUACCUUUACAUUAUAUGAAUCAUUACAUUGGCUUAGAUCAAAAUUAAAGCAAUAAUUAAAUUAAUUUAAAAUAAGGUGCAUAAUUUUUUGCAAAGUUAUUUUAAGACUGACGGAAGAAUACCUUUGUUUUUUUCACUAUGAUAAGACUUCAAUGAACAGAAAACAUAGCCAACUGUCGUUAAAAAAUUGUACGGUAACACGGUAAAAGCAUGUCUGUCUGUGGUGCUGAUUUUUGUAAUAUGCAAAUGUAAUAUAUGUACAUUACAAAAAUUAGCACCAAGUCGCAAUCGAAACUAAGAUCGUUUCGAACUUUCGCGACGACUGUGUCAUAGGAUAAAAUGGUUCUUAGUCGGCUUUUAAUAAAACUUUAAGUCCAUUAGUUGUGUUAUACGUAGAUAAAAUAAUUAAAAUGUAUGGGCUGUUGUUGUAGCAUUGUUUCAAUUUCUUUUAACAAUAUAAGUUAUAAUUCAUUUAUUUUUGUUAAGUAAUGCUUAAUAAUUACAUAAUAUCAUUGUAAUCAUUUAUUUAAUGUAAAUAAUAAUAUUAGAUGUUUACAAUAUUGUGUCUUUUUGAUUUUAUAUUCAAUUUGUUAAUUAGAAUAUAUAUUAACGUAAUAACAAGCCUAUCUGAUGGUCAAUGUCAGGGGUUAUCAAAUCGAGGUCACUGAUUGUAAAAUUACACAACAAUAUAAAAUAAAUAUAAACCGAAACUGGAA